AUGGAGCUCCGCCUCAUGUCCGCCGCCGCUCAGAACCUCCAAUCCGAACUCGCAGAUUCCCAUGGUAUAGCCCUCUCUCUAAUCACCAACCCUUCCACCUCCAUAUCCACCUUAUCUUCUCUCCUGAACUCCUUAAUUCUCAACCUCCAAAACUCUACUUAUCACCCCCGCCGUAUAAUCUCCCUCCUCUACGCCCUCUCCCGCCACCAUAGCAACGACCUCCGCCGCGAAAUAUUCCCCGUACUCCGCCGAUUUGCUGUUCUUCCUCCCACUCCCGUUUCCUCCAUAACUCACUCCCUCUCCAUACUCUUUUCAACCGACGAUCCUUCUAAUGAUGUGGCAGACGAGUCGUUGUUCCUUUCGCUAUGCUUCCGCCCGCUGAGGCCUUCCCAACGGCAUUGGCUUUUGCGGAAUGCUAGUAGGUUUACUUUGAGGCCGUCGGUUUUGAUUACGGUAAUGCUCGGGUUUACAAAGGAUCCGUAUCCUUCAACUCGGAAAGCAGCUUUGGAUGUUUUGGUUUGUUUGGCCAAAUUCGUGGAGGCGACGGAAGAUCAGAGUCUGGUUGAAGGUUGCUAUUUCCGCGCCACGGAGCUUCUUUUUGAUGCGGACGAGUUCGUUAGGUGCUCAGCCGUUCGCGUGGUUAGUGAGUGGGGUCCUUUACUUGUGAAGGCCAACCAAGACAAAUGGAAAUUGGAGUGGUCAGACACUCUCUUUGUACAGCUUUGCUCAAUGGUGAGGGACAUGAGCAUGAAAGUCAGACUUGAAGCUUUUACUGCUCUAGCUAGGGUCGAAAUAGUCUCAGAAGGAAUUUUAUUGCAGACACUGUCUAAGAAAGUCUCAUCGGCCACAAAGGAAAAGAGUUAUCCUGGCCGGUAUACGGACAAACUGUUCAGAUUGCCAGCAUCAAACGUUGCUUUUGCUUUUGUUCACGGCUUGGAGGAUGAAUUCCCCGAGGUAAGAAGAUCUGCCUGCAUUGCCUUGCGUAAUUUGGCCACCCUUUCUGCUGAUUUUGCUCAUGAAGCUGUAACUCUACUUAUGGAUAUGCUUAAUGAUGAUUCAGUGGAUUUACGCUUACAAGCUUUGGAUACAAUGCUUCAAAUGGUUAUGUCUGACCUUCUCAAAGUGCAAGAAGGACACCUGCACAUGUUGCUGGGGACUCUAGUUGAUAGUAGUCCCUUGAUAAGAUCUGCAGUGAGAAAGGUUCUUGAACUGGUGAAACUGCACCGGUUCUCAAUGUUUAAAUCAUGUUUUGAAGGCCUUGUGAGAAAUAUGGAAGAGUAUCCACAGGACGAAGCUGAUUUGCUGUUUGUUUUCCUUUGUAUUGGUCAAAACCAUGGGAAGUUUGUUGUCCUCCUUAUUGAGAAAACAGUGGAAGAGAUAGAACCUUCCUUUGGAGGAACAUUGCGAUUUGAGAGUGUAAGAACAGUUGCCUUGCUAGUCUUGGCCAUCUCUGCUCCAGUUUCUGUUGAACAAUCUAUUUGCAGCGUUCCACCUAGAAUAUUCUCUUAUGCAUCAACAUUACUGGGGAGAGUCUGUCAUAGUUUGGCUGGUCAUUUAAACCAGAAUGACCUUUUGUCACGUCUUUUUCAAUGCAGUCAAUUUUCAUUUCAAUCAGAUUUUGAUUUCUCCAGAGGAGGGCCAAUAUUCCCUUUGUUGAGAAGGGAUGUGUUCUUUUCUGAAAAGACUAACGGUGUUUCAGGAAGUUAUUUCCCGAAGUAUUUUGAACCACAACAUAUAUAUGAUGAAACGGCAAACUGUUUGAGUAACAUCAUCGAAAAAGUUCAUGAUGUUUGGCCAUUAGUACACUCUGGAUUCAUUGACGAAGCUACUAGAAUCUUAAGGGGUUGGAAGAAAGAGUUAAAGGCAUUGACCCGUGAUUCAACUGAACCAACAGCAGAGACGGUUUUUGUUCUGCAAUACCUAGACGUCAUAGAAUUGCUUGGAAGGGUAUGGAUGCACCGUAUGUUUCCCUUGAGGUCCUGUUCCAGGGGAUUGGGAAUAUUGGAGGUCCUGUUGGCACAGCUGGAAACAAAUCUCAAUGAAAUGAGGUAUAAGUUCAUAGGUUUGACCAAUGAGCAAGAGGUGCACAUUCUGGAGAUACUUCUUGUGGCAUAUACAUUGCAAGUAUGCAGUCUCAAAGCUUGUUUGCGUUCUUAUCUGGAGGAGUUAAGUUCUAUAGUUGCUCAGAUGGAACAUCUUGUUGCAGGAAGCGGAUCAGCUAAAGUUUCGGGUUACGUUCUUGAGCUUCAGAAGGCCCUAGGUAAAAUUGGUCGAGCGGGGCAUGAUGGAUCAGCUUCAUGCAUCAUAUCUCGUCACUAUGAUCUUGACCACUCAAUGGACUCGGCAUUAGAUAAUCUAUAUUUGCUGCAAAAAUCUACUGAGCAUUACUCGUUGAGGCAGUUUAUGAUGUUCACCAGAACCCUUUUCCAUGUGAAAGUGGAUCUCGAUCUGCACAACGACUUUGAGAACCCUCUCCAUUACAUCUCAGGGCUUCCGGUUGGAAUACCGUGCAAAAUCACUCUGUGCAAUAUCUCAAGCAAUAGUCGGGUAUGGCUAAAGAUGACUCUCCAUGAGAAGCUAAGCGAGUACCUAGAACUGAAUGGCCUAAGUAGUGGAUGCGAUGAUGAAAGGAGGGAGUCCACUGUUGUUGCGCCAUUUUAUAGAACUCCUAAAAUCUCUUGUUUCACUUUGAAGGUUUGUGCCGCAUUGGAAUUGCCAUCGAAGGGUGUUUCUAGGUCUAAAACCUUCAAGGGACCCACAGGCAAGCUGAUUAAACUAUCUGAAGAAAAAGUGGUAUAUCUCUCAAGGAGAGUUAAAUGA